CUUCUCGAACCGUCUAUACGACUGGUGCCAGUCCCGUGUCCGCUCACAAAAUGGCUACGAGCUCUUGAAAGAGCUGUUCGUAUACGAUCCCGACAAGCGUCUCACAGCAAAACAGGCACUGCAGCACAAAUGGUUCCACGAAGAGCCUUAUCCUACGUGGAAUGCUUUCCAGGCUGCACCACAGCAGAUACCACCUCAUAGGAGGAUCACCUCUGACGAAGCUCCCUCGAUGGUACCUGUUGCCGCAGCGCCAUUCAAUGGCAACUCGCAGUCGAAACCCGGCAGUUCCACUAGUUUGAGCGGCGGGGGUCCGUAUGUCGUGCCGAGCGCGGGGCAUGCCGGUGCCGCUGGAAAUGGCAGGAAGAGAACACGUUUAGGGUAGCAGAAUCGUAUCUAAUCUUAUCUUGCUCCGCGUCGUGGCACGCACACGUGAACUUUUGACGCGUUGUCACAGUCACGUUGGCUGUUUAUCCCACUCCGAUUCCUGCGAAAGUGCAGGCAUGGUAUACCUGCCUCCACCCCAGCUCGCGGCGUCCCGGCCAUCCUACGGUCACGCAUACUCCAAAAUCCUCAAGGCGCACCGCCAGUCGCCGCUCACGUCUGCCGCGUCCGUCAUCAUCCUCGUUGCCCCCGAUGUGGACGCCCUGUGUGCCUCUCGCAUGCUCGCCGCGCUAUUCAACCACGACGACGUGACCUAUCGUAUAAUACCAGUGUCCGGUGUAUCAGACCUGGAACGAGAGCGGGACGAGCUGCUCGAGCUGACAGAGCUGCAUACUUUGGUCCUCCUAAAUAUGGGAUCCAUUCUUGACUUGCCAUCAGAGGAGUGGUUCGGGGCCUUCCAUGCGGGGGUUACCGUUCACGUCAUCGAUUCGGCGCGACCAUACAACCUAUCCAGUUUAUUCGGAGGAGGGGAUAAUAGGGAGCGGAUACAAAUUUGGGACGAUGGCGGGGCGGAUGAACUGGAGGAGGAGCGCAAGGCUUGGGAGGCCUUGACGUACGAGCCUCCGCCAGAUUCUGAUGAGGAGGAUGAGGAGCUUGAUAAUGAGGAUGAGGACGACAACGAGGCCGAAGGUGAAGAUGAAGAAUACGAACAAACGAGUGGCAAGCGGCGGUCAUUAGGUGACGGCGAACGCGUUAGCGGAAAACGACAACGAUUGGACAAGGAGAACAGACCACGUCGGAUGACGCACGACGAAUACGAUGCACACUCAUUACGACUAGAAAAACAUUACAUGGCAGGUACAUGGCACGGGCAGAGUGCGGCGGGGACCAUUUUUAUUCUCGCCAGCCAUCUCGAUCGCGUGGAUAAUGACCUUCUCUGGCUUGCAAUAUUGGGAUUGACGUUCCAAUACACGACAUCACGAAUACCACGCACAACUUACGAUAAUCUUCAUCAAUUAUACCACGACGAAGUUUUCCGACUGAAUCCGGUGCCGACAGACGGAGAGAAUGGCUUGAUCGGGCUGAAUCCAGAUGACCUUAGUGUCCGAACGACGGAAGAACUCCGUUUCAUGCUAUUCCGACAUUGGAAUCUCUACGAUGCAAUGCUCCAUUCGAGCUAUGUCGCCAGCAAGCUGGGCAUCUGGAAGGAACGCGGGCGGAAGAGACUAUCAGGGUUGUUAGCAAAGAUGGGAUUCUCAAUCCUCCAAACACAGCAACCCUAUCCACACAUGGACAUGGAUCUGAAGAAGUCUCUGACUGAGAAGCUAAGCGACAUCGCACCGGAAUACGGUAUGGUCGAGCUCUCAUAUCCAUCCUUCAUGAAAUGCUAUGGAUUCCGCUCGCAACCGCUAUCGGCUGCGGACGCAGCUGAGGGCAUCAGUGCUUUAUUGGAUGUGGCUGGCGGGCAUCGACUGGAGGUCGAGGUUGAAGGCGCCAGGAAUGGUGGGGAGUGGUUUGGGGGAGGACGAUUGUGGGAAGCCCCUGGACUGGAACGCGAUAACGAGCGGAAGCGACGGGAAGAGAGGGAGAAUAUACCACCGAACGGCCAAUCGACCGCAUCUAAGCCUAAAGGGAUCGGGGAUGGGUUCGACGAGUUCGACGGCGAGGAGAACGUCGACGGGCCCCGUGAGCUUCAGUGGUGGGUGAAAAACUUUUGGACAGCAUUCGACGCUCUUGGAAAUGUGAAUUCGCUCCGCCAAGCGUUGAGCCUGUCGAUGACGGUGCAGCGCGCCAUCAUCGAUCAGGGCACGUCCAUAAUCGACAAGCAGGAUAUCAAGACGAUGCGGAAUCAUCGUGUUGUUGUGCUGUCCCAGGGACCCCAUCUAGCGCUGUUCGCCCACCCUGGGAUACUCUCUCGGCUGGCGCUGUGGCUGGUGGACGCCCUGCGCGAUCAUCUUCCCGGGAUGAAUGCUAGCUCCCGAUCCAAGCGGAAGAGUCUGCCCUUCGUCGUAGCGUGCCUGCGGGAGGCACACGAGUCCUACAUGGUCGUUGGAGUGGUGGCUGCGCUGGACUUUGGUGAUGUUCGCAAAAACGAGUUUGGUCUGUCGUUUCUGGAUGCGAAGGAGAGGUGCAACGCGCGGACCCGCCACGGGUCUUUCGACACGAGCGUGCUGGAGAUCAAUCAAGCUGACUUGAAGGUCUUUUUAGAGACGCUGUGUGAGAAUCCCGAUGUAUAGUCUCGAUUAAUUUAUCGAUAACUGUAUUUAUGGUGUUGUAUUCCCUGUAAUCUGCGCGAGGAAAAUGGAGGACAGACUCCACGGUGGUUGGCUGUGGGUUAUUUGGCCCCUUUCCUUUUUUGGUCAUCUCGUGUUCUGCUGCUUUUCACGAUGGAGACCAGGGAGCUGGAUGGCUCUGAUACGAUCGCCGGAGAUGUACUGGAAGAGGUGACCUCGGAAUUCUACGCGUGGAAAAGCGACUUCUGCGCCGGACGCUUGGAUGAGCUGUCCGCCGGCCGGGGUGCCACGACAGGAGGCUAUCGUGGAAUGGAGAAUCUCGCGGCCCACCUGCCUCGACUCCCUCGCGACUCGCAAGAGUGGGCGGACCACUCUGAUGCAGCGAUCGAGUGCUGGGACCUGGAUGCCGAUAGCCAAGUGCUGGAAUAUUCGCGAGCGGCAUGCGUAGCGGACCGCCCGAAGGAGCCCUUCGAGGCGCAUCCAGCGUACCGGUUCUGCACCCCCGCUGCACGAAACUGCACACCGCGUGGGGUCGACAGCUUCAGCGCGCCCUUCCUGCCCA